ACUGAUGACGAAACUGGAGACUCAUCUGAACCUGAUACUGACGACAUUGAUGAUUGGAAUGAGACCAGAGAACCUCACUCAGGUUCAAACUCACCUAAUAAUGAUAACGGUUCCGUCAGUGAGUCAAGAUGUAGAACAAGUGAGAAACCUUUGAUCUGUUCUGAAUGUAAGAAAACAUUUCGUUGCAUUAAAGAGCUGAAGAGACACAUGAUGAGCCACACAUCAGAGAAACCUUUCAGCUGCUCGGAGUGUGGUAAAUGUUUCACUGCAAGCGGAAGUCUAAAGACUCACAUGAGAUGUCACACAGGGGAGAAACCUUUCAGCUGUGCAGAGUGUGGUAAAUGUUUCACUCUAAGUGGAAAUCUGAAGGUACACAUGAGAUGUCACACAGGGGAGAAACCUUUCAGCUGCUCACAGUGUGGUAAAUGUUUCACUCUAAGUGGACAUCUGAAGACACACAUGAGAUGUCACACAGGGGAGAAACCUUUCAGCUGCUCGGAGUGUGGUAACUGUUUCGCUCAAAACGAACAUCUGAAGACACAUAUGAGGUGUCAAACAGGGGAGAAACCUUUCAGCUGCUCACAGUGUGGUAAAUGUUUCACUGCAAGUGGAAGUUUAAAGACUCACAUGAGAUGUCACACAGGGGAGAAACCUUUCAGCUGCUCGGAGUGUGGUAAAUAUUUCACUGCAAGCCGAAAUCUGAAGACUCACAUGAGAUGUCACACAGGGGAGAAACCUUUCAGCUGUUCGGAGUGUGGUAACUGUUUCGCUCAAAACGAACACCUGAAGACACACAUGAGAUGUCACACAGGGGAGAAACCUUUCAGCUGCUCAGAGUGUGGUAAAUGUUUCACUCUAAGUGGACAUCUGAAGACACACAUGAGAUGUCACACAGGGGAGAAACCUUUCAGCUGCUCGGAGUGUGGUAAAUAUUUCUCUCAAAAAGGAAAUCUGAAUAAACACAUGCAA